AUGUCAGGCGGAGGAAAUCAGCCAGCCGAUGCUGUAGUCGAAGAAGAUGCCGCUGAAUGCAAGUUUCCGAAGGAGUUCGAGGGAUCAAAUUGCGACGCUCUUCUCACCGCUGAGGUCUUUUUGCUUCUUGAACAUCGUCGCCAGCAGAGCGAAAAUAAAGAUGAAAUUGAGGAGAUGAGCGAGGUUUUCAUUAAAACCCUCAACUAUGCCCGUCGUAUGGCCAGAUUCAAGAACCGCGAGACGAUUCGUGCCAUUCGUUGCUGCUUCUCCGAGAAGAACUUCCACAAGUUCGAAGUUGCUCAGGUCGCGAACCUCUGUCCAGAAACGGCGGAAGAAUGCAAGGCUCUCGUACCAUCUCUCGAAAAUAAAAUCGAAGACGCUGAGCUCGAUGAGCUUUUGAAGGACGUUCAGGCAAAACGCACAUUCCAAUAA